UGGGUUCGUGGUGAAUUGUUGGCACCAAGUGCGGAAAAGUGUUAAGCAGGCACAAGCGAACGCAUGCACUCGAAAGCCUUUGUGCUCAUGCAACGGUUAUUGCUGUGAGGGCAUUGCGGACACAAGAGCAUACCAGCUGUUGCAUCAGGAUUGAGCAAAGAUUCCACGGGGUUGCAAUAAUUCUGAUUCGUUUGGUAUUGUUUCUUGCUGUCAAAAUGGCUCCCAAGUUCAAGGGUCAUGUCAAAAGCUCUUUGGCAGAGGGCUCCACCAGUGCGGUGGAAAAGACAACCAAGCCAAUCCUGCGGACAGCUUUCCAAACCGCCAACAACCAUUCCGAUCCUGUUAAUUCACCCUCAUUGCCACCUUCAGAAUCACGAAAUCAACCAGUCAAACCGACCAUCAACAAAGUGAAAGCACGUCCUCUCAACUUCACCGACAGUAUGGAGUCCAUGUUCAACCUGACCAUCGCUAAGCAACAGUAUGACUAUUUUGGUUCGCUGGUGUACACCUCUGGCGAAGCUUUACACGUCUACCUCUGGCCGGUCCUGUUUGCCUUGUUCUUCCUUCUCAUCGGUGUCUCAUACUUGGUUCUUGCGUGCAUCACUUUCUAUGCACUGACUCAGUACAUCAAGAUAACUCUCACCAUGAAGGAUCUGCCGAAGCUUCGGUUAAUGAAUGCCCUCCAGUCUAUCGACCACUUCGUCUGCAAGACUAUGUACUUUGCCCAGGGUUUCCUGACUGUUAUACUCGUUCUGAUCCAGCCCAUCCUCUGGUAUUUUGGCUUGCCUACUCUCUGGACUUACGCCAUCUAUGCCCUCGUCUUUCUCGAACAGCAAGCUCUUUACUGGUCUCUACAUGGAUAUAUUCUCCACAAGCAGAUCACCGUCAACCGCCCUGAGAUUCGUGAUCAGAUCGUUGAUUCUAUUGAUGGGGCUUGGAGGGAGAUAGUGACUUACCGUCCCCGAUUUUUACUUCUCUUUACUGGCUCUGGUGGACACACAGCUGAGCUAAUUCGAUUCAUGAAGCUGUUCGAGCCCUUCGACAGCUCCAGCCUCCGCCGAUGGGUCGUCACCAUGGGAGAUCAGCGUUCGAUUGACGAGAUCAAGAAGUACGAGCAAGAGCGCAGCUUCAAGCGCCGUGGCAAUGUUGCUGGUGCUUUCGAGAUCGCCGAGGUUGCACGCGCUCGUUACGUUAUGCAGAGCUGGCUUACUACCCCGUUCACAGCUCUCAGCUGUGUCCUGGACUGCGUCCGCGUACUCAAUCUACCCCGUCCCUGGACCCCUCAUUCUGAAGAGUCUGGCAUCGAGUACCCUCAGACCAUCCUCUGCAAUGGCCCCGGUUCUGCUGCGAUUUUCGUAUUCGUCUCUCACAUGAUGCGUAUGUACGGCAUCAUCCCCGCCAACCGCUGCCAGGUCCUGUUCAUCGAGUCGAUUGCCCGCGUGAAGACUCUUAGCCUCACGGGCAAGAUCUUCUACUACCUCGACCUUGCUGACGCCUUCAUCGUCCAGCACAAGCCUGUCGCCGAGAAGUACCCCGGCGUUAUCGCCGAGGACUCGCUGACCUCGCGCGCCCACACGGGUGGGGAUUCGGCCCUCGACUGGGGUCCUGAUGUCAUUAACGACAUCAGAGACGACUAGCUGGUGGCGACGACGACGAUCGGUGUGGUGGUGGUGAUCGUGGUGUAGGGGGGCUUAAGCCCCCAAAACACGGGUUGCAAUGGGCCUUUGUGCCAUAUUAAAUGACAAGACUGAUG